GUCACACGCGCACGACAUUUUAUUUUAAUCAUCCGAUUUAAUCAUUAUCUGUCGGUCGUUUCAGAGAGUUAAGAGGUCUAACCUGAACUAAAUUUACUAAUUAAAAAAUACCUGUUUUAUCUGUACAUAUAAUAAUCUCUACCUGUGUAAUUGAAGUAAACAAAAUCAAGGAACAUGCUUACAAAAGAAUAUCGAAUCUGUAUGCCACUCACCGUGGAAGAGUAUAGAAUCGGGCAACUCUACAUGAUUGCUCGACACAGCUUGGAACAGUCCGAUGCAGGAAACGGUGUGGAAGUUAUCGAAAAUAAAGAGUGCCACGAUGAAGAACAUGGAAAAGGGCAGUAUACGGAGAAGAGAAUUCAUUUGUCCAGUAUAUUUUUUUUCUCAAUACAGUCGGCUACCAUACUGGGUGCAAGCGUUUUGUCCGAAGGUUUUCUAUAUAGUGGAGAAAGGAUGGAACUAUUAUCCAUUCACAAUAACAGAAUAUACGGUGGGUAUAGAUGCUCCUUCAUACCAAAGCUUAACAUUACUAUUCUAACUAAAUUUGAAGACAAUCCAGGAACAUCGGAUAAUUGUCUUAGGGUGCCAGAUGCGACAAUUGACGAACGAACAAUUGAUUUCGUAGACAUAGCUUUUGAUGAAGUUGCUGCCAAGCACUACAAGAAAGAGGAGGAUCCUAAAUGCUUCAAAUCUGCAAUCACCGGUCGUGGGCCACUGAUAGAAGGGUGGCGACAAACAGACAGCCCAGUAAUGUGUUCCUAUAAACUUGUUCAAGUAUCGUUCGAAGUAUGGGGACUACAAACUAAGGUGGAAGACUUUGUUCAGCGUUGCAUUAGAGACGUGCUUCUGCUUGGACAUCGGCAAGCAUUCACCUGGAUAGACGAAUGGCAUUGGAUGUCAAUUGACGAUGUGAGGGAGUACGAACACAAAAAACAAGAGGAAGCCAACCAAAAAGUUUUAGCUGAACAAGUUCCAGCCUCAUCAGAUCCAGAUAAUGUAGAGUGAUUGAGGCUUUUAAAGAAAACAAUAGAAAUUUAAUUUAACGGUAUAA